GCUGAUGCACUGGCAGCCGAAUUCGGGGGCAACGAUGAGCAGCCAGAUACUGGCGGAGGUGUGCCAGUGCGUGGAGGGCUUCGGCAGCGCCGCCAAGGAGGGUCGGUGGCGGACCACGCUCACCAUCUACCGUCCCGUGGCCCGCGAUCCGUCCUCCACCGCCACCUCCGCUCCGGUCCCCAUGCCUGGCGACCUCCCGCGCGACUUCCUCGGCCUCACCCUACAUGAUCGCCCCGGCGCCUACUUCUUCAUCCUGCGGCACCAUCGCCUCAUCCUCCAGGCGGACGCCAACGUCCAGUCCCUCAUGGAUAAGCUCCAGUCCUACAAGGCUCGCGUCGUCCUCCACUUCGAGGGAUUCCAGUAUCAACUUGGAGACUUUAUGUUGAGGGUGGGAAAAUGUGUUCAAUCGCAUGCCGAUACAUUGAGGGGAAUCAUGAUGGAGGUAGAGUACCUUCCGCUAUCUUCGAUUGACAAGUCUAGGCAAAUCAUGGAAGACUUCUUAGACAUAUGGCAGGAUGCAGUCAUCAAGAAGUCACUGCCGGGCCAAUUCAUCAACGUCGAGUUGAACUUUGCAGACUACGGUCUGCAGGACCAGUACACUCCUCAGCACACUGCGCUUCAGUACGCCACUUGCAUAGUCCAACUGAUGGCUACGGUUAGAAGUUAAAAAGAGUACACUCUCGGACGGGGUGUAUCUAUUUAUGGACUGCAAAGCUUAAUUUGGUGAGGAGGAGGAGUGCAUCUAUCUAUUCGAAGCACUGCAACAGAAUGGUAGAAAA